CACAGGAAGAAGGUACUGAUAGCGGUACAUAGUUUACUGCUUAUGUAGAGGUUACCUCAUUUGCACAAUGUUACCCAGUGGUUGAUUUUGAUGAAACAUUUAACUGCUCUAUAGGUUUUUAAACAGAUGUUAAAUGAAUGUACAGAAACUGGAGGGACAACUCAGAGUAAGAAACAACUACAGAGCUGGGACUUUGUCCAGCAGAAUGAAGGCCAUUUCUAUCUUUUACUGGUCUUUUAUAUGGUAAGUGUCUUCUUGAAAUGCCUACAUUCAUUUAUUUAAACAUUCAAAGAUGCUUUAACUCUUGACUCAUGAUGUAUUUUUGGCAGCUACAUGGACAGAAGGAGCCGACAUCAAUGUAGAGGGAUUUGAGGGGGGGGAGGUCUCAUUCCAGAGCUCACACAGACUUGCCUGGAAGUACAAUAAAUACCUCUGUAGGGAUCCAUGUAAAGAGACUGAAGACAUAUUGGCUACUGUAAAAUCUGGUAAAAGAGUAGAGUCAGGGAGGAUAACUCUGGUGGACUCAGGGGACGGAGUCUUCAAUGUGACCUUCAGUCAACUCCGGCUGUCAGAUUCAGGAAAAUACUGGUGUGGAGUGGACAGGCCUGGUUUUGAUACAUUCACUGCAGUAACCUUGACAGUAAAGGAACGUAUUGCAAAUGAGACAACAACUAUAGCUGUCACAGCUGUUGUUUCUCUCUAUCAGAAUAUCACCACCUCAACACAACUGACACCUGGAAUGAACAUCAGUCUGCCUACAAACCAGUCAACAGCCUCAAACAGCACAAAUGGAGGAGAGCAGGGCAUGAGCACAAGCACUGUGUUGUACGCCACCGUCGGGGGUGUCGCCAUGCUUGCUGUCUUGGUGCUGGCACUAAGAAUCAGGAAAUGCAGAGAAAUCUCAAAGGCUGCAGCUCAGCCACAAGCUUGCUCCAACAGCCCAGACUUGAGAGAUGAAAGAGAGUUCGACAGUGACUACGAUAACAUUGGUGAAGUGGCGCAGUCAAUGAGAAAAUUAUCUGAGGGGAUCUUUCAUCCAAAACAGCAUCCACCAUCAUCUGCAUCCGCAGGAGCUGAAUGUAGCGAUCCCAUUCAUAUCUAUGAAAACAUCUGCUGCUCCAGAGGUACCGCAGCUCCAAGAUAUGCAACUGUACAUGUCCAAAACCGCCAUGAUAUCAACUCAGGGAUCUACAUCAAUCCUUUGCCAUCAAUUAUAUCUGAGAGAACAGGUGAUGGCUGUCUUAGAGAACACACAAAUAAACCUACAGAGAGCUGUGCGAGCAACAUGUCAUCUAGUCACUCCUCAUCCUGCACUGAAUCAAGGCCCAGAUCGCUUUGGUUUGGUUUAGAUUUAUCAGGAACGAUCUGAGUUCAUUUGAAACGUGUCAUUGGUCUUUGAGUUUCACUGACAUUGAUGGGCAGCUGAACAGUACAUCCUACACGCUGAGGGUUACAGACAUGUUCUGUCUUUGUUUUGAUCUAAAUUCCUUGAGCAGUUAGAAGAAAACAGGAAUAUUUUUUUCCUAGUCGAUACUUACAGAGUUAUUUUACACAUUCCUUUAAAUGUUUCUGAUUUUUUUUAUCUCAUGCUUGAUGACAAUGAUAUAAAGGAAAAAUGAAGAUGAGGGUGAUAACGAUCCAAACUAAGAUAGAUCAGGAUAUUCACAAUAACAGGAAUACCUUACUAAUAUAAUGCAAUCUGAUACUGUAACCGUAUACUAAAAUUUAUCUCUGUGAAGAUUGAAAUGUUACAUUAUUGGUAAAACUGUUAUUGUUGAGAGCUUCUGUAACAUGACAGUGUUCUUGCAUCAGAUUGCAUUUUAUGCUGAGGUAUUUGUUUUGUAAAGCACUUUCAAAAGUACUUUUAUACUAUUAAAAAUAUUUGUAUUAUUAAAAUUAAUAUCAAUUGUCUAUCUGUAUGCACAAAAAGGAAACCUCUCUCACAGGAGUGGAACUUGUUGCUUUGUUAUUGCACAGAAUACUGUCUUACAAACAGUGAUUACAGAAACAGUGAAGUUAAGAAAAGGGUCUGAACUUUGAAGGCUCUUAACCAAACUGUGUAACACAUGUAACAUGUAAAACCUUAACUUUAUAUUUGUAGGCUAAUUAUUCAUUGUCACAUAUUUAAUUUAAACUAUAAAUAUGCAGGUAAUGAAGCAUCUAUAGGACAAAGGGAAAGCAGGGUCUAUAAAUGAAAUAGAAUCUUGUUUCUUCUUCAGCAACAAAUUACUUUAGUAAAUUAAUCUUUAACUAAAUAGAUGUAAAUAUGUGAUUUAAGAUAGUUAUCUUUGGGUGGAUUAAUUUUCCUGUGUUUUCUCAAUCAUGAUCAGAUUUAACCUCUGUUAACUCAGUUACUAAGUUACUCAAAAUUAAUUCUUCAAUUUCUCACUAGUGUGUGUGUGUGUGUGUGUGUGUGUGUGUGUGUGUGUUUAUAUUGUGCCUGAUUAUGUUGGGAUACAUGUACACAUUUUAAUGUUUAUUUGCAAUGAAUGUAAGUAUGGAGAAGGGGCCCAACCAGUCAGUGGCAGUAAUGAGAUGUGUCAGCACUGAAAUACACACAUCUGCAUUUUGGCUGAUGUGGCUGAUGUGAUGUUAAUGGUUCAAACUUUUUUGACUCCUAGUGGUCGUAGUAAAGACGCUGUUGCAGACAGCAUUGCACACUGGUAUAAUUCACCAAAUAAGAAUUCCCUGCACAUUACUGUUAAACUGUGACACAUAUUGUCCUCUGUUUAACAUGGGGCAACACAUUGCUAUCUAAUUAAAAACAGGAUGUUUAAAGAUUACUUUCUUAGAUAAUGUGAUAAGAGGCAUACUUCUUGGAUUUUCAUUUAAUAAAACAGAACUGAACAGAAAAAUCUGUGAAUGGACAUGACACAAGGUUUAAACACUGUACUGAAAGAGGGGACAGAGAGUGAAAAGUUUCUUUCAGUCUUUCACGGGAAGUUAAUAUGUUGUAGCAUAGCAACUUCAUUUUAAAAAUAUCAUACUUAAUGUGCUUGUUAUUGGAAUGCUACACAUAUAUUACAGGGAGCUUGAUAAAGCAUGUAAUGAUACAUGAUGAUGACAGGCACCACUUUCUAAUAAAUCAUACUUUAUGAACAGUUUAUACAAUGUAGAUGUUGUUUAUUUUUUGGCCAUUUGAGGGCUUCAAUUCAGCAUUGAUUUGGAGUCUUGUUUCUGGCAA